AUGCGCACUGUCACCAUCGCCCUUCUUUGCUUUCUCUUGCUAGUAGCCCUCGACAUCGGCCGCAUCGUCGCAUCAUCUGAGUUCUUUUCGCUUGUUGUUCGCCGCCUCCAAAUCGUCGUCUCGUACCUAUACUGGGAGAUUUGCUGGGAAGUCUACUAUCAGUUCACCCACAACUUCGAAGGAGUUCCCCUCUACCUCCGCUUCAUCUCACUUCUCAUCUGCGUCUACCUUACCUUCGCCCUAUACGUAUAUAUCAAGUAUACCUACUGGAUAGGCCCUCAUCCCGAGGCCGACCAAGACGACCUCCAUCAUCCUAUCGAAAAGGGACAAUCGCAAGAGACGAAGCUCCCUGUCACUCCUACCAUCGCUCACACCACACCGCCGCCCGUCUCACACUACCGCCUGCAGAGCCAGUACCUACAGAGCCAGCGCCUCCUUCAUAUCCACCGCCGUUCGAGUUCCCCUUCACCAACUUCCGCGGCACCGCUAUCGACUUCUUGGGCAAACACCCGCCGCAAAGAGCGCGAUCACUGGCGGUCUGCACCUAGACAACCAUCACCAGCCUAUGGGUCUACCGAGCACGAAAAGGUCGCCGCAGCACCUACCAUACCGAAGCCAGAAGUGGCUCAAAUCACUACGAAGUCGACAGCGACUACCACGAAGGACCAUGUAGUCAUUGCACCUGCCCAUAAGGUUGUCGAGCUACCUAUCACAUACCUCCCGGCCCCGCCACAGCCAUCCCUCGAAGACCUUGCCAGGUCGACCAUGAGCAACCUGGCUAGUCAAGCACCUACCCUUGAGACUGCGAUGAGGGGUUUUCUGGUUGCUGCCAGUACCGGCACUGAGUACAUGUCGUCGGCAGACGCGAUUUGGACCUUGAUGGCGAGUGCCGAGAGCGACCUGAAGCCAUACUUCGUGGGCGGUAUGACCAUGGAGCAGUCAUCCCUUAUUGGCUGGAAUGCCUCUAUCGUGGAGUUCUGGAACUACUUGGUGCCUGAAGGCGCUUCCAUUCAAGAGAGCCAGGAACUGAUGGUUUUCCUUGCGCUCUAUCGUCAAUUCGCCAACUACCUUGGGUUGAAGGAUUGUCUCCAAGACCUCAUCAUCAUGAGGCCCGAGCCUCCCGCGUCAAGUACGCAAGACCCUCCAGCACCCAAUAUGGGGACGCUGUCCGCCAUCCCCACCACCACUAAGUACCUCCCCGCUCCUGCCAUCACGAUCGCUCCGCAGCCGCAACAGGCACCGAGUACCUCCGCGCCUAUCCAACAGGCACCUCCCCAGCAGCCGAUAGUGCCCCAAGGUGCACCAGGCCUCAUUGACUUCAGUAAAGAAGAUUGGUUUGGUCUGCCAGAUGAUCAGCUCAAAGAGCUCAAAUGGAGGUCAUUCAACUGGCCUAAUCAGAAGGCCGCCAGCUUGAAGAUAUGGCACUACAAUGUACUGGAGCUCACCCAGUUACCUACACAACACCCAGAGUUCAUCAUGGCCUCAUAUGUGAAGGCAGAACUUGAGAAAGCGGCACCCCUCCUAAAACGCGCUUCAGUCGUGUUUCGACUCCAAGGUCGUAGAUGCCCGUGGCCUGGUGACCUUGAAAUGGCACCAUUGAUAGGCAGCAUUACGAGCUGCAUCUCUCGAGCCACGGAGAUGACCAAUCAAUGCCAAGAGAUUGCAGAUUGGGACUCUCGGGAUGAAUGGUACAAAGCCUGCCAGUACCUCCAUGAGAAUGUCUUCAAAGACAAGAGGGUCUGGGCAUCGCUAUGCAAUCGUUACGACUCCGAUGACCCGGAUGAGAACGACAAGGAGGACAAGACUGGUCCUCUCAGGCGGUUGUGGGAGAAGAUGUCGCCCACAUGGCUUCCUGACAUCGCAAAGCGUUGA